CAGAUAAACAUUCUGUACUGAUCUCAGUGACAUGACAUGGACUUCUUAGGCGUUAUCCUCAGAUGAACAGAAAAAGUACAAGAACAAAACUAUUACAAAGUAAAAAUGAGUAAUUUCCCUCACAGCGUGCAUGGCUGCUUCUGGAACAGUAAUCUCACUAAUCUUUAUUGAUGAUGUAACUCAUGAUGGUAGCAGCAGAAUGAAUUCAGAAGUCCACAAAAACAAUGUGCCAAGUAUACAGAGAAAUGCCUCUGAUCUAAUUGGGAGGAACGUCAUCAUUCAGCAAGACAAUGAACCAAAACACACUGCCAACUCAACAAAAGACUUUGUCAGGGGGUGAAAGUGGAAGGUUUUAUACUGGCCAUGUCAAUCACCAGACCUUAACCCAACUGAGCAGUAUUUCACCUCCUGAAGAAGAGACUGAAGGGAGGAACCCCCGGAAACAAAUAACAUCUAAAAGAAACUACAAUACAAGCCUUGAAAAGCAACACAAAAGGAAAAGGCAACAAUUUGGUGAUGUCAGUGAGUCGCAGGUGUGAUGCAGUUAUUGCAAGCAAGGGAUAUGCAACCAAAUAUUAAGUGUUAUUUAUUUUAAUUUACUUUUAGACGAUCUGUUAAGACCUUGCUGUUCCAAAACUUUUACUGCUGACUGGACACACUCAUAAGACAGCAUAAAGUUGAUGUAAAUCUAUUAACUUAAUUUCCGUUUUCUGCAACAGAAAGGAAUAUCACUCUGUCUCUUCACUGACCUCUUCUUCUAUCCAUCUAUCCUUGAAAUAUAAGAUCUCAAAAAGUCUACUCUGUUGGAACUUGUUAGUGAGAUGCUCUAAGGCAGACCCAUUAUCUCUGGGCUCUGUGUGUGUGUGUGUGUGUGUUUCAUAUGCACACAUGGUGGAACGAGAACACUGCAGGUACUGCUACUGUAGAAAUAAUUCAUUUGAGUAAAUGUACAUGUAGAGAUCAAGAAAAUGACUAUUGACUUUUUAUAAGCAACUUUCCAAAUGCCUUUUUUUUUUUUUUUUUUUUUUUUUUUUACAUGACUACAGUUGACAUAAUUAAUCCAAAAAUCUUCUAUAUGUGAGGAUGGCAUUUUUGAACAGUUGUGCUAACCAACCCAGUGAGCUAUGCUGAAGUGAACACCACCUCCAUUAUCAACAAUAUACAUAGUUAGUGUGUGUUGCCAUUAGUUGUUCUUAUUUAAAACAAAACAAAACUAUUAACUAUUCUAUUCUGUGUUUUCCUUCUUUAUGUAACACAUUGUGAUAUAUGCAAAUGAGCAUGCAUUAGCUACUUUCCCCUGAAAAGAGCCGGUAAUACUUGCAAUGGAGGUCUUUGGUGGUUGUUUUGGUCUUGUUUGGACUUGUCUGGGGUGCUGAAGAACUACACUUCCCAAAAGCCCGGGGAGUAAACAGAAGUAGCCAAUAGGAGAGAUGCUCUGGGAUGACGACAUUAGAUUUGGUCUUCAUAUGCGCGAACUUAGGUCGUGUGGAGCUAAACGUCGGCGCGAAAGGCACAGUGUGAGGGUCAUAAAAGAGUGCCUAUCCUUCAAGUUGCCACAGGAGGGCAGAACAAGUGCUGUACACCUAAAGUGAUCUACCUCCCCUUUCCCUUCAGGUGUAGGUCUCAUCUCAGCCAUCUUCUGAUACAAUGGCCGCUAGUGAUAUUAAAGUGAAGGAGCUGGACAAGCGGGCCUCGGGGCAGGCCUUUGAGGUCAUUCUGUGUGAUCCUGCCCCAGAGGCAAAAGGAGAUUUCCCCCUCUCUCCUCAGAAGAAAAAGGAUUGGUCACUGGAGGAAAUCCAGAAGAAACUGGAAGCAGCUGAAGAAAGGCGCAAGUCCCAUGAAGCUGAAUUUCUGAAGCACUUGGCUGAGAAGCGUGAGCAUGAAAAGGAGGUACAGCAGAAAGCUCUGGAGGAGAACAACCACUUCAGCAAGAUGGCGGAGGAGAAACUUAAUCAGAAAAUGGAAGCCACUAAAGAGAAGCGUACAGCAAUAAUGGCAGCCAUGACUGAGAAGUUCAAAGAGAAGGAUAAGAAGCUGGAAGAGGUCCGGAAAAACAAGGAGAACAAGGAGGCAGAGAGUUGAUCUGCUGAGUUGAUCUAUUGUUUAAAAAAAAAAAAAAUAAACCCAAAGAUUUUUUUGCUUCUUUACUGUGUAUUCCCCCCCAGAUGGGUGUGAAAAUAGGAAAAGUGAAUCCUUCCACCUGUACUUUCUGGUGUUUAGCUAUAGUUUGUAUUGGUGCUUUUGUUGUGUGUGUGUUGUUGGUUUUUUUUUAAUUAUUUUUAUUUUAUUUUUUUUAUUUUUAUUUUUUUUAUUAUACGUGACUUUCAGUUGUUGGCUCUGAGCUCUGUUAGCUGUUCUCUAAUGUGCUUUUUGAUAUUGGCUGUAGUCUUGGCGUUUUGAAGGAAGCAUGUUGCUGUUAUGCAUUAAGGUCCUCAAAGUUUCUAUUAAUGCAGCCUGCACUCUUGAUACGCUUAUCACUUCAAUCGGUUUGCGCACUUAUGUAGCACAAUGGGUUUUUAAUUUUUAAUUUUUUUUUUUUUUUUUUUAAUAAAGGGCAGCUAUGGGUUCUCUAUCACUGGUGUUUGGCAUGGUUUGCUUUAUUCCAGACACAGCUAGUAAUGCUGUGUAACUGCAACUCCACCCUAAUUUUUCUUUUCUUUUCUUUUUUUAAUGUGGCCAGUUUUGUCUUCCUGAUGCAAAGAUGAUUAAGGGUUAAAUUUGAAUAGGUGCAAGACUGUUGUAUUUUUCACUAGGGGGUGGGCUUUAAGGGAUAAGGCUCUACUGUAUUAGUAGUAUGCAAAAGAGCAAUAUCUUUUGGCUGUUACCUCCCGUGGGGGGGUGGGGGGGAUGAAAUGAAUUUAAAAAAAAAAAAAACAUUCCAAGACCAAACUCUUAGUACUGGGUUUAUUGAUGUUUAAUUUCUUCUGGAGCAAUUUCAGUAGUGAUUGUAUUCUUUCAGAACCUUAAUUGCUCUGAAAUGAAUGGGAAAUUUUGAAACCCAGGUUUCCUCAUGGCCUGAGUUAAACAGCGUUAGGAUGGUACACAUUGAUAGCUUAGAUUUAGUUGCUAUGCAUUAUGCAGUCCUUCCAGCAUUUAGUAACUUUUGUGAUCACAGAAAUUAACACAACCACGCAAACUCCGCAAUAUUCAGAGGAGCUUACAGUUUUUAAAAAUUAUUUCAAAUUUUCUGCAGCAAAAUCAAGCAUUUUAGGUACAACAAUCUUAAAGCCUGUAUGUACUGACUUGCUACUUGACAUUGCUGAUAUUUUCUGUCCCCUUCAGAAGAUGGGUAUUUUUUUUCUCUUUUUUUUCCCCUAAAGGGGUUGGAACACCCUAUGUUAAUUUAUAUACUGUGGUGUUCACUGUAGAGGAUUUUGAAUUAAAUAUAUAUUUUGAAGAGGUUAAUUUAAAGUAAUAUUUCUAUAUAUGCAUAUACUCACCAAUCUAUUUGUUAGGAACACAUACAAAUGCACAUUUAUGCAAUUAUCUGAUCAGCCAAUCAUGUGGCAGCAGCACAAGGCAUAACAAUAUGCAGAUAUAGCUUCAAAUAAAAAUAUCAGAAUGGGGGAGAAAUGUGUUUUAUAAACUGCUGAUGUGGGAUUUUUUGCACAUAUUAUAGUCUGUAGAGUUUACACAGAAUGGUACGAAAAACAUCCUGUGAGUGGCAAGAUCUGUGGCCAGCAAUGACUUGUUGAUGAGCGAGGUGAGGAGAAUGGACCGACAGAUUCGAGCUGACAGGUAAGCUACAGUAAUUCAACUAACCACCCUUUAUAAUCAUGGUGAGCAGGAAAACAUCUCAGAACCACAUCAAAUGCCACAAGCAUUCUGUUUGAUGGGAGUAUAAACUUUAGCUAUUGAUUUUAUUCACCGUUUUGCUGGCUGAUUGGGUUAAUCGCAUGAAUAAGCAGGUGUACAGGUGUUUCUAAUAAAGUGGACACUUAAUGAACUAGCUCGUCUAAUGAUAUGUCUCCCUCUAGUGGUAGCAAGACUCCCUUGAGCGCUACAGACAUUGUCUCAAAGCAACCCCUAAUUCCAUAUGGAUCCAGUCCAAAAUGGUACCUUAAGCCCCGUGUCCCUCCUCUAACUUCACACAGCGUUGUCAUUGUUAACAAUUAUAAGAAAUAUCCCAGAUUGGAUGACUUUUUUUAAUUAAAAAAAAAUGUUUUUUUAGUUAUCUGUUACAUGACAUGUUUUGCGCUCAUCUCAGACAGGAGAACGUAAUCCUUUAAUGCCUCCUGAUCCUGUGUGCCAAUGUUUUUGGCAUAUGUUUUUACCAGGCUCAGAUAAUGGCAUUUGAGCCAAAAAACUUGUCUCCUUAUGUGAAUUAACAGCCCCAGUGAUUUUCCACACCCUUUUGCCUUGACACUCAUAGCUUGUGGAAACGUGUCACUGUUUUGGCGAUAUAACAUCCACUUGCCAGUUUAUCAUAUGCUUUAUGUUACAUACAUGUGACAGCUUUUCCAAUUAAAUUGCUCGACAGUGUACAUAUUACAUACAAUUAUUUGCACUGGUUUCUACUCAUAUGCUUAUAUCAAUAUAAAACAGUGCAUUUAUGGUAAAUGUUUUCAGAUGCCGUGUUAUUUAUCCAAUAUUUGAUAAAUAACUUGUCUAGUUAGCAUGUACUGUCCUGUGUAUUUAUUCUCCUACAGUAUGUAUUGACAUUACAUGUAUGUAGCUUUGUUUACUGUGCUCUUGUAUUAUUAAAGGACAUUACAGGACUUGAUACAUGCAAGAGAUACAUGCAAGCUUCCAUUUUUGUGGCUU